AGCUUAUUAGUAUUUUUUCACUGUAACUGUUAAUAAAUUAUUAAUUUCAGGAAUUCUCGCCUAAUUUCUCGCCUCAAGUGUCAAAAUAUAAAACAAAAGGGGUUUAAAAACGUAUUAGUCUGAAAUUUUAAGUGAAUGCUCUGUAAAUCAGUGAUUUGCUGUUUUGAAGAAAUGUGCUUUAAGAAGAGCCUUGCAAACUGUUCAAGCAUUAAAGAUCUGUACUGCUGCUAUGAUAAAAAUGAUGGCAGGUACUUCUAAUAAUCGAAUGAGUGACGAGGAGCUUCUUCAUUUGCCACCUCAGGAGCUACUUCGAAGAUUUAGAAGAGCUGAAUCUGAAAAUGUGAAGCUUAUGAUGAGUAAUGGGGCCUUAGUGAAAGAUAUUAAUCAACGAAUCCAGGCCCAUAUGCAAGAAGUAAGGAAUCUCAAUGAAAUAAAUCAAAGGUAUCAAGAUGACAAUCAAGAGUUGAGGGAUUUAUGUUGCUUUCUUGAUGAUGACCGCCAGAAAGGGCGAAAACUUGCCAGAGAAUGGCAAAGAUUCGGGAGGUAUACAGCUAGUGUGAUGCGUCAAGAAGUUGCAUCUUAUCAAAAUAAGCUGCAGGAGUUAGAAAAUAAGCAACAAGAGCUUAUUCGAGAUAAUCUCGAACUGAAGAAAUUGUGCCUGUGCUUGGAUGAGGAAAGGUCUCGUGCUUCUUGCAGUCAUUGUGGUGAGCCCCUGAGCUCUCGAAGAGAUGAUGGUGAUGGCAGCAGUAGCUCAACAAAUAAUGAAGAGCUGGGAUUGCUCACAACUGUUCAUUCUCCUUUUUCACCUCACAGAAUGGCACAAAAUGUUGAGGACUCCAUUCAGAGUCAUCGCUCUGUCAUUAAUGUGCAGGUUCUUCAAUAUAUAAAAAAUUUAGAAAGAAAAGUGCAAGAACUUGAAGAAAACAAGCUGAGAGAAAUGAAAAACAAAAUUGGACAUAAAUACUACAACAAGAGUAAUUGGAAUGAUGGAAAUAGUAGGGACCUGAAGCCAAAUGAAAGUUUGUCUCUUUCAAAACCAGAAGCUGUUGUUCAUGCCAUGAAAGUAUUAGAAAUUCAUGAGCAGAUGGAGAAAAAUCUUGAAAGUGAUUUAGAAUCUGAGGAACUGGCAGAAGGCGAAAAAGCAUUGGUUCGAGAAAUGUGUAAUGUCGCAUGGCGGAAGUUGGAAGAUGGGCCUACUUAAAGAAGCAAUCUGAGAAAAGACCACACCCGUGUAUAGUUAUAAUUUUUUUUUAACGCUUUUAGAUCAAUUGUAAGAAAAUAGUCAAACCCCGCUAUAGUGAACCUUCAAGGGACCAAAAUUUCCUUUCACUAUAGCCGAAACUUCACUAUAUCUGUUUCGCAAACAAUUUUAACUAAUAGUUCCUAACUCCCCCCCACCCCCUUUUAUUACCUAUUAUUUAAAUCAAUGACCAAUAAAAUGAAAUGCAAAAAGGCCUGAAAGAUAAUACGUAGUAACAAAAAAUGUUUUAACUUUUAUUUUUUAUUAAUCUUCGUCUUGCGUACAAAAAUAAAUAGUAACAAUUUAGUAGUAAAUAAUUUAGCUGAUGAGCAAUCCUCAACAUCAGAUAUGGAAACGCUUCCCGACUCUCCGAUAGUUUUUCCUCAAUUUAUGUCAUUCCACUUUUUAUACCUGUUUAAUCAGCCAUUCGAGCACAUAAAAGUUAUCUCACCAAAUCGCUUAGCAAUUUCAUCGGUUUUGACUUGAAGCAGUUAUCCAGAUACUGGAAAAUUCCUGCUUUUAUAAAUGCUCGGCCAACUCAAUAAUGCUAUUAAAUAAUGAAGCAAGCACGAAAAAAUGCUUGUUGCUACAUUCCAUGCUGUAGAUGGUUUUAAAAAUCGUUUAUGUAUUUAUUUUGAUGUAUAAAUUUCAAAAUUUUUACAAAAAAAUGAAAAUAAAUCAGUCGAAGAAUGUCUAACUUCCUCUCUUUUGUUAGUUCACUAUAUCCAAAAAAUUAACAUUAUACGUGUGUCGCAAGGUACGGGAGCAAACAUCUCGUUCCGAUAUCAGGGAGUUCACUAUAAACCGUGUUCACUAUACUGACCUUUUGACUGUAGUUUGUAAACAGGAAAUUUUAAGGUAAAUUAUAUGGGUCUCAAUGACUAACUAAACCCUUUUUCCUUUUCUGAGCAUCACCAUUUUGUAUAGAACUAUAUUCCUUAAAAAACAUUGACAUUGAUCAUAAAGAAAGAGCCAAAAUAGAAUCUUUCUAAAGUAAUAAAACAAUUUAUUAAAAUUGUAUUAAGAUAAGUGAUA